AUGUUGAAAUUUGUGAAGCGCCUCGGCUCCCGCCAGGAUCUGCGAGGAUGGAAAGAAAUAUCAAACAAAAGCGGCGCAAAUAGAGAUAUCACCUCGAUAGCUUCAUCAGAUUCCUCGCCGAGUUUGGGGAGCCAUAAGCCGAUGACGGUUACGUACGAAGUGCCUUCGGACAUUACAUAUGACGUGCCCGCGACUAUGAAAGCGCAACAGCUCGACGCUUACAACACACCUUAUGUCUUUCGAGACUCUGUGCCUGUGCCGACGCCUACGCAUCCGUAUGACUUACUUAUCCGUGUCGACGCCGCAUCUUACUGCCAUACCGAUUAUGUACUCGCAAGCGGCCAUAUGGCGAGCGUCGAGCAGCCUGUGUUCCCGCAUGCAGGCUGUCACGAAUUCUCCGGAACAGUAGUUGCGUUACCUCCUAAUUCAGCACAGUCCGAUUUUAAAAUCGGCGAUCGUGUUGGUGUCUCCUGUCGUCCAUAUCAUGCCUGCGGCGAAUGCGCCGAAUGUGUCGAGGAGGAUUCACCGGAUAGUGACCCGAAGGGAUAUUCCGUUCUGUGUCCAACGAUCAAAAGCCAAGGAAUCGGUAUACCAGGCGGAUUUCAAGAAUACGUGCUGGUGGACGCGCGACAGUUGACCAUCAUCCCUCCAGGUUUGAGUCAGGUGGAGGCCGCUCCGUUGAUGUGUGCCGGGAUCACGAUAUAUGCUGCUAUAAAGAAGACGGGACUCAAACCUGGGCAACGGAUUGGUAUUAUAGGUUGUGGUGGUGGACUUGGCCAUUUGGGCUUACAAUAUGCGACAGCGAUGGGGUUGAAAGUAUAUGGAGUUGAGAACGCCGAUAGACCACUCGCUCUAGCGCGGGGAUUGAAGAAUAUUUCCGGUGCUACUAUUAUUGAUUCACGCACGACGACUGCAGCCGAAGCGAUUGCUCAUAUUAGCACAGAAGACAAAAGACCGAUUCCGGGCCAAUUCGGCCUGGAUGCGGUCAUUAUCUUACCGGAGAGUCAAAAGGCCUUUCAGUACGGCGUGGACAUGCUCAAGAACCACGGUAAAUGUGUCGUGGUAUCCUUCCCUCCACAGGGAUUCCACAUGACGGAUAUCCAUUAUGUUGGCAAUGUCUCUGGGAGUAUAAAACAAUUACGAGAAAUGACAGCAUUCUCCGCCAAACAUGGAAUCAAGGCUCAAAUAGAGGUGUUUCCACUUGAGAAAUUGAACGAUUUGGUUAAAGCAUAUCUGUCUGGUCAUGGAGGCAAGUUGGUGAUUGAUUAUCAUCAUACGGCAUGAUAAUAUCUGCAUAUCAUUCGACUAUGUGGUUAUGAUUUA